AUGACGCCCGCACUAUCUGGACUUGACUCGAUCAAAUGCGAAUUCGUCGUGCCCGACUCGGGCACGGCUGCCAACGGGGUCGUUCGCUGGUCGGAUACUAAUAUCGACCAACCCAGCUUGAUCGUAAGGCCGACAACGGAAGAGGAUGUGCAAACAUCUGUCAACAUCGCUAAAAGCAAUGGAUUAACGAUCAUUGUCGGCGGUGGCGGUCACGGGACGUUUGUCACCAUUGAGCCCAAAACCCUCUACUUGGACAUGGUGAACUUCAAGGCAAUCAAGCUGGACAAAAACACGGGGAUAGUUGAGGUUGGUGGUGGGGUGACAACAGGAGAACUCUCAAAGGCUUUGGCAAACCAAGGCUAUUACACCCCUCUUCCGAAUUCCAACGCUGUCGGAGUGGUAGGGUGUAUCAUUGGCGGCGGGAAUACGCCUCUCAUUGGAACUCACGGGUGGAUGGCCGAUUUAGUCGAGUCUUUCCGCCUUGCAUCCGCGGAGGGCAAGAUGAUUGAAGUCAGCUCGUCUUCCACAGGAGAGGACCUGAAACUUUUCAAUGCGCUGUGCGGCGCAGGUCAUGGCCUUGGCGUUAUAACAGCCGUAAAGACGUCAGCAUUCCCCGUCGAGGACUUGAACAUGACGGACGACAAAGUUUGGAUGCGUUCGCUCGUAUUUCCACCCACAGCAAUUGAAACUGCGGCUGAAGCUUUUCUGAAGAUGCAGCGCCCUGCAUCCUCCACAAGCAUCAAUAUGUUGUUCAUGCGCAGCCCACCCGGAACUCCAGCAGCUGGAUCGCCAAUCAUAGUCUUGGGUGCUACUGUGUUCGCAUCGGCUGAGCAGGGAGAGGGACAUGCUUCUAUUCUAUUCGACGACGACCUUGUCGGAAAGGCAAUCGUGAAGAAUACCGAGGCAACACCAAUAGUAAACCUUAACGAUCGUUACGCGCCGCACGAUUCUCGUGGUGGACACAAAGCUAUCGCUUCUUGCCGGCUGCACAAUGUGGACAUCUCAUCUCUCAAAAGUGCUUUUGAGCAGUGGGUGUCCGUGACUGAGAAGUACCCAGACAGCCGGAGCAGUAUCUUGGUUGUUGGGCUUUCUGACAGCACGAAAGCUGCCCAGCUUGGGGAUUCGGGAGCAGCUGGCAGGUUUGUGGAAGGAAGGGAAAGGGACUUCUCAGUCAUGACCGUGACGAUGUGCUCCGAGGAUAACACGCGGGUGGCUCUGGUGGAAUACAUGGACAAUCUUAUGAAAACUUUCAGGGAGGGCGAUCCGGAGUCAGUGCCGAGAAGUUUCCCAAACAAUCUCCGAUUUGGGAUGGACUUGCAGGAACUCUUUAGUACGGAGAGAUUGACCCAGCUCCGCAACCUCAAGGAUCGUUGGAAUGUGGGUGGGCUUUUUUGGAGUCCUUAUAACCAGUAG